GAUAGGGUGCGGACUGCGAAGUUCAGAAGGACUUCAGCUAGGCUCGAUACGAACGAUAACAACUACGAGCAUUGAUAAUCAACAGUAUGGAGGUCAACGAUGAGGCCAAGAGGAUUCUGGUUCAGGCGCUGGGCAAACUCUACAGCUCGCGCUCCCAGCGCGGAGGUGCACAUCUCCACCGAAGCCUGUUGCUUACCCUGGUUAUGCAGUCUGCCCGGGAUGUCUACUUAGCAGCGCAGCAAGCAAGUUGGGCAAUCACCUCAACUGAACCGGAGCAGCAAGAGUCACCCGCAGAGAAAACAAUGGAUACAAACCUUUUGAGGAGCGAUGUUCUUUGUCAUUCACAACCUGCGACCCCCCUUCACAAGGAUAUAGCGAUAUCCUCAGAAUACCAAACUAACUCAUACUCGCUGCUCUGCAGUGCAACCACUAGUCUAGAGAACAAGGAGAAUCUGGGCCCGAGGAGGCCUGGCGGUCAAGCAAGAAAAAGACGGGGCAAAGCAGCGGUGGAGCCUGACUUCCUCCCCUGCAAGAAACCUAAAAUGAUGGUACAGUACACCGGGAAUAGCGUCCGAAGGAACUCUGUUAAAUGCAAUCAUUUUUGUGGGGACUACUCUCGGCGGUUGACAAGCGCCAUUACAGCAUUUUGAAGUAGCAAUUUAGAAUUAUAUUCGUUUUGGAAUGUUAAAGAAACGUUUGUGGCUAAUGCAGGACAACAUUUUCUAGACCUGGCAUGAGUUUCAUAGCGAGGGGAGGCCGCAUAGACGCUAGAAUAUCCAGUGGUCUCCACUACCAGGUUGGAGAUGGGACAGUCCCAUGGAUUUUUCAGAGUUCUCUGAACAUUGAAUCGUUUGAGGAAGGUGGUAGCUGAUUAUCAGCUAAAUACUUCCUGUUCUCCCGCUAUUAGGGCGGAACUUCCCCCACCACUCCGGUUGAGCGAAAAGAGGGGAUGGGAGAACUGUGUUUGCUUUGCCUUCUUGGUCGGUGGUUCACAACCUUCUUCUGUUACUGCAUCGCCGAAUUAUUUUGUACUACCUGGACUGUCAAUGGAAUAUCCCCUCCUGUGCAUUUUACCAGUAAGCCUAUGGUAGACCAACAGUGAACUUCGUUGCUUCAUUACGCCUAUAGUCCAUGCAGAAUAAAAUAAUUAAUUUAGGAUUUUCAGUCAUUAGAUUAAAUUGUGGAGAUUUUAUAUAAACCCAUAUUGUACAGUUUAUCAACAUCACUGAUAACCAAUAAUGUGAAAAGAAAUAUUUAAAUGACUACCUCAUUUUUAUUGAUAAAAAAUGUUUUAUAC